AUGUCAAAAGUCUCUCUCCUUGAGGCUUAUGGCAAUGGACCUCCUCCAUAUUACGAAUGCAAACAUAAAACCGUUGAAACAUUUGCCAUGGCUCCAAUCAAUAAAGCCCGCUUGGAGAGCAAGAACGACUCCAUGAAACUGACAAAUAUUGAUGCAAACAAUGAUGAAAAAAUCCACUGUUUGGCCUUCAUCACAUGGCUCUUUUUUGUAAACCAUGAUAGUGAUAAGGAGGUUACUAGUAUUGUUAUUCCGUUGGAGGGAACUAAGAUACUACGCCAGAGAAACCUCGCCGAGCUCUUGCUCAACUAUGAGUAG